CAUUGCUUAACUUAAGAAAUUAUAUACAUCCAAAGGACUUUGCCCGAAGGCCACGAACUAUGGACGAAUUGGACAGAUGGAAAGCUUCCGAACUAAGGCAGUUUUUACUUUACACAGGCCCUAUUGUUUUAAAAGAUAGGAUACAUGAUGACCAGUACACCCAUUUUAUGACGCUCCAUUGUGCAAUACGUAUUUUAACAUCGCCAACUUUAUGUACAAAAUAUAAUGAUUAUGCAAAGCAACUUAUGCAUUAUUUUGUUGAGAAUUAUGGAAUGCUGUAUGGUAACGAAUAUGUUACUCACAAUGUCCACAAUCUCAUUCAUUUGUCAGACGAUGUUUUAAAAUUUGGCAGUUUGGACAACUUUAGUGCCUUCAAAUUUGAAAACCACAUGUCGGAGAUAAAAAGAAUGUUACAAACUUGCAAUCGCCCACUUGAACAAUUUAUAAACAGGACUCUGGAAAAACGAUCGUAUUUAACAACACAUAAUAAGUCUCCUGAAAUAGAAUUUUAUAAGAAAUUGGACGUACAUUACGAACCUCUUCUUAACAAUGAGCUGGUAGAAUCGUAUCAAUGUUUUAAAUAUGGAAAUAUGUUCUUGGGAACCGCAGACAAUCUGUGCUUCUGUAACCUUACGGAUGGAUCAAUAGUGAAAAUUGUCAGGAUUCAUAAGAAAAUUGAAACAAGUGAAGGGUUCAUUGUUUUUAAAAAAUGUGAUCAUUUACAAGAAUAUUAUUCAAAGCCAUGUUCUUCAACUUUGUUUAAUUGCGGUAUUGUACAAACAGUUUCUCAUACAUUACAAAUCGCCCAUAUCAACAAUAUUAGGACAAAAUUACUAAAUUUUGACAAUAUAUUAAUGUCCAUUAUUCAUAAUAAGGAAUAGGUUUACAGGAAUAUUUAGUUUUGUUAAUGUAAGACUUGCGUAGUAUUAUUAUUAUUUCAAAUGUAGAAUUUUAAAUUUUAUUUCAUAUCUAUCUAAGUAUGUAUAUGUAGGUAGAUAUCUAAAUUUUUGUAGAGAAAAUUCAUACAGUUACCGUAUUGCGUUUUGGGUUUUUUUUCGCAAGGCAAGGAAUUCGUAUCUGCUGCGCCCACAAAAUGAUUGCAAAGAAAAAACGAGAAGGCAUUUGUAGUUUGGCCGCCAACAAAAAUUGAACGAAAGGCCAUCAUGACACGAAUGGAGCCAGGUGCUGAUUGGGUAAUUUUUGAUAAUGUGAAGAUAUUUGGCAACUAUCACAGCUACAAAGAAGCACUGUACCAAGAAUCCAAAACCGCCAAUUAUUCCUCGGAAUCGAAGGUGGACCUUGGACCCCGGAAAAGAAAACCCAAUAGUAAAUAUAUUGACAACAGCCUGUCAUCUCCACCACCACUACCAACUGACCUAGAUAGUGAGAACGAAGCAACUGGCAGUCAACUACAUACUGCUCAUGAUAGUGAGUACUCUGAUGGCCCUUCAGAAGCAAGUACUGUCCAAAGCACUGCACAUGAGGAGGAGGCUACAGUGAUUGAGUAUACCGCAGUAGAGGACAUACCCAUUCUUUAUGACGUAACACCACCCACCACUACAGGCACCGAUAAGCAAAAAAUAAGUGAUUUUGAACACGCAUUGCUAACUGAAAUGCGUGAAAUAAAAGCAACGUUGGAUGUAAUGUCCAUUCGAUUACGGCAUAUUGAACGACGUUUAGAAGUAAACGUACAACUCGAUCGCAUCGAACCCAACCUCUUUACUGAUUUACCAUGUAAAUCUUUACAAGAAGUAACAGAUUUAGAGGCAAAACUGGAAGAUGAUAAGAUUUUCCAAAAACUGAUCACUAUCUUGAAGUAUGUAGGCGGUUCGAACGCAAAAUAUUGUGUGACAAAUUGUUUGAAAAAAAUAUUUUCAAAUAUAGUAGGACAAUUUUGCAGUUGGACAGGGCAGAAAGGAAACUUUAAGGUUGCGGAUUUGAAAUUAAUAAUGGCAAUUAGAGAAGCAGUAAGAGCCACUUUUGCCCUGACGGACGCGGAUUACCAAAGUUAUGUGCAAGUAUGGUUUCAACAUGCGAAAACAAGGCAUCUGCGCGAAACAAAAUAA